CCACCAGGGGGAGAGAGGAGGUGGAGGUCACUCUGUCGAUCCACUUCCCACUCCGUGCCGAAGUGGAGCGGCAACGGGGGCGGUUUUGCUGUACUCCCACCUCCAGGGGGAGUAGCUGAGCAGGCGGUGGGCUGGGCCUGAGAGGCACUGCGGCUGCGCUGGGCUGCGGCCAUGUCAUCAGUGUGCGCCUGUCCAGGAGGAAGGGAAAGUGGAGCUGAGGAGCCGGAGGUUAUGGGUACAACUUCUGAGAUAUAGAUUAACAGGAGGGAGUUACAAAGGGUGUCUGUGAGGAGAUUCUCUCCCUUCCCCACCCCCACCUCACCUCAUCUCCCUGUGAAUGCAAAUAAUCUGACGCUUCCUGAAAGUAACCGGGAAUAUGAUAUUUUCUGAAUUUCAGCGAUGGAGUGAUUGAAUAUUGCACAUCAUGGCGUCUUGUGAGAGGGAAGCUAUUUCCGAGAUUCUCAGAUUGAAUGUGGGAGGUUGUUUGUAUACAGCCAGACGAAAUUCCCUGUGUCGUUUUAAAGACUCAAUGCUUAGUGCAAUGUUUAGUGGACGGUUUCCUUUGAAACUAGAUGAAUCAGGAGCUUGUCUUAUUGAACGGGAUGGCAAACUUUUCAAGUAUCUCUUGGAUUAUCUGCAUGGUGAACUCUGCAUCCCUGAGGAAACGAAAACUCGUGUAGCAUUACAAGAAGAGGCAGAUUACUUUGGCAUUCCCUAUCCUUAUAGUUUGACUGACUACUUGUCGAGUGAGAUGGAAAGACAUUGCUCGAGAUCUAACAUGGAAAUCAAAAAGGCAUUGACAGACAUGUGUGCCUCCUAUGGUUUAAUCUGCACAAAUCCUGUGGUGUGGAUCCUGCACUAUCUCAACACUUGUGGUGCUAGUUGUGAGAGCAAGAUCCUAGGAGUGUUUACAUCAAAGAUAGAAGGGAUCGGAGCCAUUGAAAAGCAGCUGGGAGGCAGGAUGAAAAGUAGAAGUAUCUAUAAAAGGGAAGCUGGAAACAAUCUACAAUACAUAUGGAGCUAUUACUCAGCUGGUGAGCUGAAGAAAAUGAUGGAUGCCUUUGACUCCUGGGAGGGAAGAGGUGUCAGUUAUUGGCGAGUGCCUCAGGAGUUGAUUGAAUGUUGGACUCUUGAAGGCCGACCUCUACAAGGCACACAGGAAAUUGUGACACCUAUUCAGAAGCGACUCGUUGAUCUCAGUGAAGCAGAAGCAGAAGCUGAAACUCCUAAAAAGAACCUGAAACCUGUAGAGUUCUCUGGCCCAUCCACAAGCACUCGCAUUAAAGUGAAGAAUUCUGGUUUGGUCAAGCUGUCCGUACCAGCUGAUGCUACGAAAACAUUGCCAAACACUUUGGUUCAUCUCAAAACCACAGCGGUAAAGAGACUAAGCACCGGGGAGCUUGUAAACCACAGGACACUAUCUCCCAGGGCCACAGGCUCUACUUCGGGAUCUAGUGUCCAAAUGUCCCCAGCUGUUAGAUCCCAGAACGCUGGAAGUGCCACAGGGUCCUGUUGCACUGCAACAGUCAAGUUACCGGAAAAGAAGGUAAUAGUGAAUCGAGUGAUCAAACUGAAAAGGAAUCCACCUUCUGCAACACUUGUAAUGCCAACAGAUCCUACCAGGCGUGAAAGAGACAUGCAUACAGUUACUUCAGAUGUACAACCAAGUACUUCGGCAAAUGCCCUCACUUCCAGGACUGUGAAUUUAACGGCAGACUAUGUAGAAAACGCAUGUGGAAAUAGUGAAGAAAAGGAUGAGGAUGGUUAAAUAGCCAGAGUUUCAGACAGAAGGGAACAGGACUGUUGAAGUGGUUUGGUAGGACUGAACAUUGGAAUUGUUGAUGCAAGAAUAUUAACCCGAGAUCAGGACUUCAUAGAGUUGUUUAGGUAAAAAUGUAAAAUUUGUUCUUUCACAGGUGGCUCAAUGAGUUUUUCCAGUGCAUGACAUCAACUAAGGAGGUCCCAGUUUUGAUCUCUACCUGUGCUUGGUUAAGUGGUGGUAACUGCUACAUUUGUAAGACGUGUCUUUGGGCUAUGGAAAGGAAAGUUUUACCAAGGCUGCCACACAUGGUUAUUACUUAUCAGUUCUGUUGGAACCAUAUGUAUGCAAGCAUGUACACUUGCAUGCAUGUGGAUGUGAACAUGGACACUAGCACUAGGCUUGGCUAUGAUUCUUCUCUCAUCUAUACUCAAGUUGCCUCUCGUAAUCCAAGGGCUAAAAAAUAAUGGCUACUUCAGCAACGUACCACAGAAUGACCUCUGAUUUUGGAGUAAAUAAUUUCAGAAGAAUAAGGACAGAAAAGGUUUUUUUUUCAAAUAACUGUAAAGUGUAACUUCAUGCAUUGAGUUACUUAUGUUGCAAUUGAACUCAGAUGCAAAGAUAGACCGUUGAUAUGCACUGGAGAUCACAUCUACCAAAAUAUUCUACUGCUAAUUAGUUAGUUUACUGCCUACUUCAAACUAAUUGAGUAGAUCUUAAAUUUGAAAACUUCAAAGCAAAGAAAAAAAUGACACUAAAUAGGCAGUCUCUUUUUUGAAUACUUGCAGCUGAAUAUCUAGUUACAAAUCCUCAUCCAGGUCAGACCAGCCAACAGACAGAUAGCAACCUUACUGUGGAACAUGCAGCUGAUAUGGGCAACAUACGUGAACUGUGCUGUGAAGAGACGGGGGUGCUGCAGAUCCAUGCAGUUGAGACAUCAGAAAUGAAAUUAACUUUAUAGCAACAGUGGAUAUCAUCAAAUAGUAAUAAUGGACUACGCAUUACUGUACUGGAGAAUAGAGGACAAGGCUGAUUGACGAUCCCACCCCACUGUAAUUCCUGGUCUGGUGAAAGCAUCUUGCAUUUUGUAUAAUGUCAUCUUGCAUUUUGUAUGAUGUUUUACAUUAGGUUUUUGUGUGUAUAGGAGAAAAAUGGCUCACAUUUUGUACAAACAGCUUUUAGAUCUUGAGGUUAUAAGUUUAUUUAAUUUUAAGAGGUAAAUUAAGGAUUUUGUUUUAAGGGACUAUUCAUCUAUUUGGUUUACUUGUCUGAAUCAUUUUCAGUUUUUAAUCUUGGACCUGCCAUCUAAUGUGGCACGGGAUGGGAAUGAAGUCUUCUUAAGCUAGGGAACUAGUUGUAAAAGACCAGUUCAAGUUUGGGCUUGUCUGCAGUCUUAAAAUAGAUGGUCUGCCUGUUUUCCCAUUUGGCAAGAUAUGUUGGUGAGAUGCAGAAUUGGAAUAGAACCUUGUUAUGAAGACAAAAAUAAAAGCUAUAAGAUUGAAAUAGA